GCGUGCACGGGCUGCGUUCUAGGGGGGUGGCUCUCGGUUGCGCUGCGGUGUCUGGCACUAGGAGCCCCCGGGCUCUGAGCUCCUGGAGGGAGCAGCGCUGGGCCAGGAGCCCUGUGGAGGCAUCACCAGUGGGUGCCCCUUGGGACAGGGUGGGGGGCUUGAGCUCCCAUUUUUCCUGCCAAUAUGGGAAGAUGUUGGAGCGUCUCCCCCUUUCAGUUCCCAUUUUUCUGCAGUGGGGAGCCCUGGAGAACUCAGGGUGCUCCCUGCCGCAGCAGGCUGAGCCAUCGCCAGGUAACUGCCAGCACCAUGAUCUGACUUUGGGGCUGAGGGCCCUGGGCGCCUUCUCCCACAUUACAGGGUUUUGAAGCCUCGUGGGCCCCUCCCCUCUGUGAAGCUGGGGAGCUGGUGUUGCCCCUUCUUUACUGGAAAGGGAAACUGAGGCACAAAGGUGGGGGACAGGGUGAGACCCAGGCUCCAAGUUACAGCUGGGAACAGAAUUCAGGGGUCCCGACUCCCAAACCUGCUUCUUUAACCCUCUUCUCUUCCUCAUUAGACCCCGAAUCCCCCCUAGUGACAGGAAUAGAACCCAGGAGUCCUGACCCACCCAUCCCUCUCCCUCUAGACCCCACUAUCCUCCCAGAGCUGGGGAGAGAACCCAGGAAUCUUGGCUCCCAGCCCCCCCUGCUCUAACCACUGCACCCCAUGCCCCUGGGAACUCAGGAGUUCAAGUCAAACAUUACAGCAGAUGUAGGGUCAGGUGCCCGCGGGGAUUGAGGUUGUUCCUGGCCCUGAGUUGGAGCAGGGAGCGGUUAGGUAGGAGCGCCUGGUUCCAUAUGGGAGUGCCAAGCCCUGGGGAGAAGCAUGGUGCAGUGGUUAGAGGAGAGACUUAGGGAGUGGGGUUCCUGGUGGUUCUCUCUGCCUGUCUAGGCUUGAAACAGCAUGAUCCAGUGCUUCCACUGCAGAACUGGGAACCAGGACUCCUGGGUUCCAUUCCCAGCUCUGGGAGGGGAGUGGGGUCUAGUGGUUAGAGCAGGGGUGGGGCUGGGAGCCAGGACUCCUGGCUUCUAUUCCCAGCCCUGGGAGGGGAGUGGGGUCUGAUGGUUAGAGCUGGGGCGGGGGUGGGAGCCAGGACUCCUGGGUUCUGUUCUCAGCUGUGUCCCUGACUGACUCUGACCUCUUGGACUAGCUCCUUCACCCCCGUCUCCCUGCUGGUGCCCAGAUUUCAGUCUCGCUCCUUUCUGCACUGCAGAGACCAGGGGUUUAAUGGCCAAGUACAUCCCCGAGCCAGGCAUCUCUUCACUGGUGGGGGCCAGCCUGACCGACCUCGAUGGCCCCCUGGAGCUGCUGGAGGCGGGCAGCGAGCCGAGCGAGGGCUUCUGCUGCAGCGCCAACAUUGAUCAUUGCAUCUCGUACCUCAACGAGGAGGUGGUGGGGCUGGGGCUGGCCCCACUCUGUGCAGAGGGAGGCUUUGACCUCCGGUCCUUGGUGAAUGGCACCUGGGCCCUGCUGCGGCGUUACCGGGAGGCCUUGGCCAAGCUGGGCGCCAUGGAGGCCGAGGAGCUGAGGCGAGCCGGCGAGCUGGGCUACCUGAGGGGCCGGCAGAGCAAGCUCAAGGGACAAGUGGAGGCCUGCGAGAGAGAGAUCGCGGCUGUGCAGAGCAAGGAGCAGCAGCUGCAGACCAAGAACAAAGAGCUGCUGACCUUGCUGAAAGGAGAGAAGGACGAGGUGGCGAAGCUCCUGGCCACCCUAGCCAGCCGUGGGGCACAGCACCGCCACGAGGUGAGGAGGAAGGAGCAGGAGCUGAGCCGGCUGAAGGAAAAGAUGAGCCAGCAGCUGAUGGACAAGAGGGACAGGCGGGCGGCCAUGGAGAUUCUCAACAGCCUGGGCCGAGCAGAUGGCAGGAGGGCAACCUGGAAAACUGGGAAGUCGCUCAGCAAGAAGGAGGAGGAGAUGUUCCGCUCCCUGCUGGCGGCGCAGGAGAAGCAGCUGCAGGAGCUGAUGCUGGAGAACGGAGAGCUGAAGCGGCUGCUGGCCCAGCUGCGCCAGGACGUGGGGGGCCUGCUGGGCGAGGACGGUGUCGCUGUCAGCGCGGCCCAGGGCAGUGAAGGGGAGCCGGAGCCAGCGCCAGAGGGGACCCGUUCGUCUGAUGCGACGCGGGAGCAGCUGACCCGCAGCAUCCAGGACCAAUGGUGCAGCCAUGUGGAAAGUCUGGGCUGUCAGGCCAUGCCCUCCAGCUCCCAGGGGUAUGAGGCCGAGGGCGGGGACCAUGUGAUCAGUGUGACGGACCACGACAAGGAGAUCAUGAAGCUAAAGGCGGAGAUUGAGGACAGCCAGCAGCUGAUUGCCUUGCAGCAGCAAUGCUUCCAGGAGCAAUUGAUCGCAGCUGCCAACAGCGAGCUGCCGGCCAACCUGAGGGGCUCCUACUUCCUGGAGGAGCAGCAGCGGCUGCAGGAGGAGCAGGAAGCGUUCCAGCAGCAGAAGCGAGCCUUUGAGGAGGAGCGCGAGAACUUCACGGAAGCUGCCAUCCGCCUGGGCCAUGAGAGGAAGCAGUUUGAGGAGGAACGAGCCCUGCUCCUGAAGCAGCAUUUCCUGAGCACAAUGGCGGGGCUGGGACCCAGAGACCCUGGGCGGAGGCAAUCGGCCCCACUCGCCGCACAAGCUGCGGAACAGGAGAUUCUCCCCCAACCAAAGAAAUGGAACAAACCCACCUACACCCCCUAUCCGAAGACCAACAGCCCAGCGGUGCUGGUCAGAGGCAGGCACCUCGCCGCCAGUCCCGCCACCCCCAGCACGGCGGAGCUGCUCAGGGUGCUGAAGCUCAUCCCGGAUAAUGGACCCCCGCCCCCCGCGCAGAGUAAUGACCAGAGAGAAAGCCACAAAGAUACAGCCUGCCAGACAGAGAGCGAGGACUUCUGGCCCAUUAGCGGUGACCUUCUGGACCAUUUCUUAGACAGCUCCUUCUAGCCCCUUGCUGCAUUUAUCUGGAAGAACCUGACCUCAGACCAUUGCUGGAAGAACAGGGUCAGCUGCUCCCCGUGCUGCACAAUCUUAGAGCACCACUAGUAACAUUUGUGGGUGUGGUGUUUCUCCCCCCUUUUCGGAAGAUCUAAUCCACCCUGAUGAGUGUUACCUUCCAGCUCAGACCUCCAUAGCUGCAGCCUGUGUGGGUUGUGACUCGGUAGAUGAGAUCUCACUAUGAGCUCAUGAGUUGGGAAAUCUCUUUGGAGAAGAAUCCCUGCACCUUGCCUGUAAGCUUUUUAUCCUCACUGGAGGGCUCUGAUAUUUUUACUUUUUUAAUGGUCGUGGUUUUAAAUAUUGGGCUGUUCUAUAAAAGCCAGUUAAACGCUGCUUGCUCAGUGCCUUUCUCCACUGAAACCCCCUCAAGGCUGGGUGCUAGCAAACUCCCACCCAACCCAUGGAUUGUGAAUAUGAAAAACUGGCCAUGGAGAAGGGAUUUCCCCUCUGCUGCUGCCUCAUCCAAAAUGUUAUCCCCCUCCCCUGAGUGGUGGUGUUCUGUGUCCUGGUGUGGGAGGAGGGGUUCUUAACUACUUUUAUAGUUCUUAUAAUAAAGAGACAUUGAAAUUAAG